CGCAUGUUUUUCGACAGCACGGAUCGCACACACACUGGGUUUCCGACCAUUGAAAGGAUGGUUAGAAACGACAUGGACAACUUCGACGACUUCUUACUUGGAGAAGCCCGUGUUACGCUGCCAAUCGGUCAAGCGAUGGAUCAUGAAACGGUGUCCUUCUCCCCUGUAAGGGGACAUAAUCGGCACGCCAUGAGCACGGGCCACGUAGCAGGUGUGUCCGUCGGCAUGAUGGAUUACAUUGGUGGACAGUACGCUCAAGACGGUAAGGAUAUGACUGGUGUUCGUAGCAGUCGUGAAGUAAUGGCGGAGCCUUUCCCGUUCACAGGGGAGCCCCUCGGGGCUGGGGGAGGGGCUCUUAAUGUGGCUGGCUCGCCAACCUCAUCAUUUCCUGCAAUCAAUAUGGAUCUACAUGGGGGGUAUGACUAUCGACUUCCCUCUGGUAUUGCUGAUGGUGAUAAGAUGGUAGUACCUCCGUUCGAUGCUGGUUUGGGUGGAUCGAUCCAAAUGGGUUAUGCUUCAAGGCCAGGAGUUGCUCCGGGAGGUGGACCAUUUACGUCACUCCCUGAUAUGACUGACGUGACAACGCCGUUCGUUGGGCACCUCAGCAGUCAAGGAACGUAUCGUUAUCCUCACCAGCCGAGCCUUUCUCUGAACUCUGCAUCACAUAGUACUGCCAUCCCAUAUAAAUCAUCUAUCAAGGUGAUACGACGAGUCAACGGUUACGUCACAAGUCUGCGAGCAGGGCGGAAACAGGCUACUGGUCCCUAUCGGUCGACAUUGGAAGAGUGUCUCCUCGAUCGAGAGCGGAUUCGUAGAGUGCAACGCGAAGGAGGCCUGUCUAAUGCUCAGCUCCUGGAUGUAGUUGAAGAGAUGAAGUGUGCCGCAGAAGGUAGCGGUGCCAGCAGGUUUGGGUCUCGCAGGAAUCAGAAGUCGGAUUAUACGGCGCCAGUGGGGGUAAGACGUAUGAACAAGGGUUUCCGAGCCAGUGUCAGAGUCGAUGGUCGUGAGGUUUAUGGCCCUUUGCGAACUGAUGUGGAAGAGGCGGGCAAGGACAGAGCUGAGAUGCUGGGCUUAAGGCAUGCAUUGGAUGUCCCUAAGAUGAGGGAAUUCGUCAAGUCGUUAGCGAGCAGAAAGGCCAGGAUCGAUCUGACCAGCGGAACCUCGAUUGCCGAGACAGGGUCCGCACGACGGAAGCAUUCUCAUGUCCUGCCAACGCGGCUUGGAUUAUGA